AUGUUUAUUAAAGAUUGGCCGAAGCGGUUCCUCAAAACCAUCCUGCUGCACCUGAGCCACCAUCAGGUGGAGUUGCUGAUUGAAAAUGAGGCAGAGAAGGAUUACCUGUUUGAUGUCCUCCGCAUGUAUCACCAGUCGAUGGAGCUGCCUGUACUGGUGGGAGACCUGAAGCUGGUAAUCAACGAACCAAAGAGGCUUCCUCUGUUUGACGCCAUCCGACCUCUCAUCCCUCUCAAACACCAAGUGGAGUACGACCAACUCACCCCCAAGAGGUCACGGAAGCUGAAAGAGGUGCGUUUGGAUCGAACACACCGUGACGGGCUGGGCCUCAGCGUCCGAGGAGGAUUAGAGUUUGGUUCUGGACUCUACAUAUCCCAGAUUGUGAAAGACGGCCAAGCUGAUAAUGUCGGUCUUCAGGUGGGGGAUGAGAUUGUGCGCAUCAACGGGUACUCCAUCUCCUCCUGUAUCCACGAGGAAGUCAUCAGUCUCAUCAAGACCAAGAAGAUCGUGUCACUCAAAGUUCGGCAUGUGGGAAUGAUCCCAGUCAAAAGCUCAUCUGAUGAACCUCUGAAGUGGCAGUUUGUGGAUCAGUUUGUGUCUGAGUCAGGGGAUAAGAGAAGCAGUGUGGCUGGCUUGGCAUCCAUUGGUGGGAAGGAGAUCAAGGAGAAGAAGGUGUUCCUCAGUCUUGUGGGUACCAAGGGGAUGGGCAUCAGCAUAUCGAGCGGUCCAACCCAGAAACCUGGAAUCUACAUCAGCAACGUGAAGCCUGGCUCCCUCUCUGCAGAAGUGGGGCUGGAGAUGGGAGACCAGAUUGUGGAGGUGAACGAAGUGGACUUCACCACUGUGGACCACAAAGAGGCUGUGAAAGUCCUGAAGAGCAGCAGGAGUCUGACCAUCACAGUUCUGACGGGAGCUGGAAGUGAGCUGUUCAUGACAGAUGAGGAGCGUCUAGCAGCUGAGGCCCGCAGGGAGCUGGAGAGACGGGAGCUGAUGCAUCAAAAGAGGGUAGCACUGGAGACCAACAAAAUCAUUAAAGAGCAGCAGGAGAAGGAGAGACAGAGAAAGAUGGAGUCCUCGCAGAAAUUUGCAGAAGAAGAGGAGCGAUAUAAAAAAGAGAUGGAAAAGAUUGAGGCUGUGGAGAAGAAACACACCAGAGACUGGGAGGAGGACUGGGGAUCCAAAGACCGACCAAAGAGCCCCCGGUCUAUGAAAAAUCCUGCACCUGCCCCGCCUGAGAUGAAAACCACCCCAGCUCCUAAAGCAAAAAGUUCACUCGAUGAAGCCAGCUUCUUCCCCGAAGAGGAGGAAGAAGAUGAGCAGCUCAGUCAAGGAUUUCAAAAACACGUGGAUGACUUUGACCCCUACUCCAUGUUCUCCACGGAGCAGAUAGCGGGCCGGGAUGUGAGGUUGCUGAGAAUCAAAAAGAGCGGACAGCUUGAUGUGGCUUUGGAGGGAGGAGCCGACUCCCCCUUGGGAAAGUUGGUGGUGUCCUCUGUUUAUGAAGGUGGUGCUGCCGAUAAGCACGGUGGGAUUGUCCCCGGGGAUGAACUUAUGGCCGUGAACGGGAAGAUCCUGAUCGACGCUACUUUGACUGAAGGACAGAACUCUCUGGCUCGAGCCUGGAACAGUGGAGGGGACUGGAUCGAUGUUGUGAUUGCCGUCUCCCCUCCUAAAGAUUAUGAAGAUGAAGUGACGUUCUUCUAGUCCACAUGCCAAGAAACCAGGAGCGAUCACGAAGAAGCUUCUCCUCCACCUUCAAACAAAACCUUGAGCUGCUCUUUCAGCUGGAACCUCUCGCUGCUCUUUGAGACUGAGCCAGUUGUCUUUUAGGCUGACAGCACGCGGUCCACGUUCGUUGUCCCCGUCUUGUU